AUGAGACCAACUCCAUUAUUCUUUGCACUUUUACAAAUUGCUCUUGCCGCAAAAAGAGCUGACCAAAUUUGUAACGACCACUGUUCUAACGCAUACCAAAAGCAACAAUCUUGUGGUGGUACAGAUGAUGUUAGUUCCCAAUCUGCUACUUUGAAAUGUUUGUGUGCUGAUGAAAGUUAUUGGUCUGAAUUGGCUCUGUGUGAUUGUUCCAGCUAUGAUUCCAAUGUUUCUGCUCAAGACCUCCGUGCUUACUACUGUAACGUUGGUGUAACUGGUGGCUCUCAAGGUCAAUCUACAAGUGGAGAUGCUAAUGCUGCCACUAAUUCUAAUGAUGCUACUGGUACUGCCACUGAUGCUGCCGCCGCUACUAAUGGUAACGAUGGUGCUAGUGGAACUGCCGAUGCAAACAAUGCCAAUAAUACUGAUGGUAGUGGUGCUACAGAUGCUUCUAAUACCAACAACAAUGGCUCCACUGAUACUGUUAACACUAAUACUGCUGGUUCUGGAUCUAGUGAAACUACUGCUGCUGCUGGUGCCGCUGCUGGUACCGCUGCUGGUACAAACUCUGCAUCUGAUCAAGCAAAUGAAACUGGUUCUGACGCUACUAAUGCUGCCACAGGCUCUGAUGCCUCAGGUACUGCUGCCACCAAUACCGCAUCCACUGCCUCUGGAGCCACUUCUGGCUCUGGUUCUGACGCUGCUAAGAAGACAGGUACUAAUACUGAUUCAGACUCAGAUACUGCUACUAAAGGUUCAGACGCUACUGCUGGUAGUAUGACAACUGCUGCUUCAGGUUUAGGUGCUACUAAUGGAACAAGCAACAGUACUGGUUCUCAUUCUGGUAGUAUGACCAGUAUUACAACAGGUUCAGGAUUUACUAAUGGAACCAGCAGCAGAUCAGGCUCGGGUUCAGGCUCUUCUACUAGAAGUGGAAGCAACUCUGAUUCAUCAAGCUCAGGUUCAGGUUCCAGAUCUUCCUCAUCUGCUGAUAGUUCUGACUCAGAUUCAGGUUCCGGCUCAUCUUCAACUGAAUCAGGAUCUGGUUCAGGUUCCGGCUCUUCAACUUCAUCUGGAUCUGGUUCAGGUUCUGGUUCCAGUACAAGAUCUGGUGGUUUUGCUGCUACUAUUCCAACUGUGACUUUUGGUUCUUUAGUUGCUUUGGCAUUGAACUUAUUAUAA